UUUUCAAUCUUGUUUCGUCAAUGAUAAAAACAUGAGUUACAGAGAAAAUACGUCAUUUAAACUUGCGCAAUAGAUUUCUGCUCAUUUCUUUUUUUGCGUGAUAUAACCCGGGUGACAGGGGACAGAGUGAAAGUGCGUGUUGCUGCCGCAAUAUUCCAGUCGUCAGCCUAUUGCUGAAAUAAGAGUACUGUGUAUUGUAAUAACUAUAUGUAGAUUUUUCCAGUAAUUUUGGAUGAUUAUUAUGCUUUCACUGGAAUCGUUCAACUUCAAAGUGAAAUAAGUUACGUCAACAACUGGUGUCAUGCAAUAGUUUGAAGGUCAAAUCGGCUAAAUUCUUUCAGUUUUGCAGAAUGAAGUAUGACGAUCGGUCAACAAUAUUUCGUUAAAGUCUCCUGUAUUUUUCUCAUACUUUAUAACAAUUAUAAUUGAUACGGCAUGUGCCAAUUGAAUGUGUGAAUGAUAGAGAAAUAUGCAACUAUUCAGUCAGAACUGUUUUCUUAGUUUACGUUUGUGACAUCAAUUCGACCAUGAGACUGUCGGUCUGUGUUUCUGGGAUAUGUUACAUUUCUUUUCUCAUAGUGUUUGUCAUCGCUGGCUCUCAGUCAGGUGAUGAAUAAAUCGCAAUUUUUACUAUUUGUAAGAAAUGUGUUGACAAAACUUAAAUAAUUACCUAUUAAGCUAUGAAUUUUCCACGUUUGAAUUCUAAACAACCACUUGAGCUUAUUAAACAGGGUUCAAUGAAAGCGGGAACUCUAGCAAGGAAGUUUUCUAGAGUUGCCAGUGGAGUUUUAAGAAUGAACCCUGAAUAUCCUACCUUCAAGGAACUGGAUGCAAAAUUGCGUAAAUAUUCAAGUGCCGCAGACAAGGAGGCAGCGCUCCAGGAUGUGAUCUCUACGGGUUCCUUGCUGUAUUACAAGGAGAAAAACAAAUCUACCCCUACUCAGACGGGAGAUCUCGAGUACUUGUCGGACGAUCUCAUCUCUCUUGUCAGAGGAUCUCAUUCAGAAUUCACGACGCCAGAAACGUCCAAAAGAAAAGCUAUUCGAGGGAGAAGCAGUUGCAACAAGCACUGUUUCGGUAUCUAUGGUGAUAUCUACCGCUCAACCCACGAAAUGGACCCACAAGCACCACCAUUCGUCGAGGGCGUUCUCAUCCCUAUCACGCGGGGUUGGGAUCUUCCACGGGCCGGCAGCGGGAGGUGGGAUAUCGUCCGGCGAAAAUUCCUCACGCGACAACCCCUCCGCCUCCAGUGCCGUUGCACCAUCUCCGAUGAGUUUCGCGACCUCCUCACUGCCAACGGAGAGAACCCCGAAGAGUUUGAAAGGCUCAUUAAUAGGUCAAGAAACGAUGCUCUCCAGUUUGUAGAACAAGCCGUGGCCCGGAUCAACCAGAAGGGGGUGAUUUUCCUCCUGCGUCUGGAUCAUGAAACGCUGACGCAACUUUUUUCUGUAGAAUAAGGCCUCAGGCGGUCUCAGAAAAAAGUCCAAAUAGGGUAUAACCAGGCGGAAACUAAGUGGAAAAGAAUCCGUCAUGUGGGUGCAUCAGAAGUUCGUUGCUGACCCACCUGUAUUGUAACAUCGUUCCCAAUAGUAUUAGAAUAAUUUUGUUUCUGUGCUUCAUUCUGUGUUGUUUUAAUUAAUUCCAUUU